AUGGCUCCUGUGAAAACUUCAUCUGUGUGUCAAUCACUGCUGCUGCUGCUGUGCCUGGUAGCUAUAAUGAAGGCAGGAAUUGCAAUCCCACAAAGUCCAGGAUGCCCAAAUACUGAAGACAAGAAAUUCCCUCAGCAUGUGACCGUCAACCUAAACAUCCUUAGCCGGAAAAAAAAUUCCAAUAGGCUUUCAGCUUACAACCACCGAUCCACCUCACCUUGGGAUUGGCACCGCAAUGAGGACCCUGAGCGAUUCCCCCCUCUGAUCUGGGAGGCCAAGUGCCGCCAUGAUGGCUGCAUCAACGCUGAAGGGAAGCAAGACUACCACAUGAACUCCGUGGCCAUCAAGCAGGAGAUCCUGGUCCUGCGAAGGGAGCCCCGACAUUGUCCCCACUCCUUCCAGCUGGAGAAGAUGCUGGUGUCUGUGGGCUGCACCUGUGUGACCCCCAUCGUCCAUCACAUGUCUUAA